AUGGCGGAAACCUGCAAAACGCCCGACGGAAGCGAUGUCUGGACAUUUGGCUUGACCCAGAACAUGACCAUCGUGCUCGUCUCGAUUUUAGGCUUUCUUCCCAUAACAAUCAUCCUGCUGGGACCGAAGCUCGUAUUCUAUAUCGGCGGGACACUUGGCUAUUACUUGAGGAAGAAGACCGCUGGCCGGAAAGCGCAGAUACUGGAACUGGUCGAGACUGAAGAGAAAGCAUACGCGGCGGCAGGGGAAAACAAGAGAGACAGCGACGACUGGGAGAAUGUGGAAGCAUAUGCGACGGGCACCGCAAACAAUGGGGAGACGGCGGACAGAGAGUGGGCUGGCAUCGUUGGAUUCUUUCAUCCUUUCUGUAACGCCGGUGGUGGGGGAGAGCGAGUCCUUUGGGCAGCAAUCAGAGCAACACAAAAACGAUGGCCAAACGCCAAAUGUGUUGUCUAUACUGGCGAUCACGAUGUAGAUAAGGCUGCCAUUCUUGCUCGAGUCAAGAAAACGUUCAACAUCCACCUCCAUGCUCCUACCGUCACCUUCCUCUACCUGACCACCCGCUCUUGGGUCCUCGCCUCCUCAUGGCCCCAUUUCACGCUCCUAGGACAGUCUAUUGGCUCCCUAGUGUUGGCAUGGGAUGCUUUCUCUCUCCUCCCCCCGGAUAUAUUCGUGGAUACAGUGGGAUAUGCGUUUGCGCUUGCAUUUAGCAAGAUACUUUUCAGAGACGUACCAACUGGAGCUUACGUCCAUUACCCAACAAUCUCAACAGAUAUGUUGAAAUCACUAGACGCCAACUCAGCAACCGGAUCCCAAGGAGUAAACGCCGGAAAGGGGGGUGGCGCGGGGGGAGCAGCCAAGAAGAUCUACUGGCAAUUAUUCGCCAAGCUAUACUCCGCUGUAGGGGCCUCCAUCGAUGUCGUAAUGACGAACUCAACCUGGACCCAGGAGCACAUCAAUGCGCUCUGGGGCGAAUGGCGUCUAGAGUUAAAGAAACCUGCAGCUACCGCGGUAUUCCCUCCAGUUGCCGUCGAAGAACUUGAGAAGGAAGUCGAGGUGUCUGAAGCCAGUGAGAUGAAACGCGAGAAUGUGCUCCUGUAUAUUGCACAAUUCCGUCCCGAAAAGAACCACAAGCUCAUACUUUCCGCAUUCGCCGAAUUCAUGGCAACCAAAACCCCUGCUACCAAAGGGGCAAAGCUCGUACUAGUUGGAAGUGUACGAGAUGACGGGGACUCAAAACGAGUCUACGAGCUACGAUUGUUAGCCAAUGAGUUGCAAGUCAAAGAAUCAGUAGAAUUUAAGCUUGAUGCAUCAUGGCCUGAGAUCCUGGAUGAGUUACGGAGAGCGAGUGUGGGCGUGAACGGGAUGUGGAAUGAACAUUUCGGGAUCGGUGUUGUGGAGUAUCAGGCCGCGGGGUUGAUUUCAGUCGUGCAUAAUAGUGGUGGUCCCAAGAGGGACAUUGUUACUACUAUUGAUGGCGAGCCUACUGGAUUCCACGCAACAACAUCCACAGAAUUUGCAGAGGGUUUCGAGCAAGCGCUCUCUCUACCAAAUAAGCUAGCGAUGCGUCUUAGAGCUCGAAGGUCCGCGAAGAGGUUUACAGAAGAGGAGUUUGCGAGGGGUUGGAUUGUGCAGAUGGAGAAGCUGGUUGUUCUGAAACGGUUGAGAGAUCCUUGA